AUGUACAAUCAACUAGGUAGACAUUCUCCUCUGGAAAACAUAACAAAACGGUACGAGGGUUCCGUAGCAAAGGGUGGGUACCCAGCUCCGAGCACCAAGUUCAAUGUACCAAUGUCUAAGGAGAGACAUGCCUCGAUGAUGAGCGAUGUCUCUCUGUAUCCAGAUAGCAUACAAUCUAGCGAGAGUACGUUAUCUGUAGCCUCCAUCCUCACGAAUGGCAGACUCCUGGAUAAAUUGGAGCUCACAGCUGACGAUGAGUUGCUGCUGCAGAAGAUCUUGCAAGAUGAACAAAAUGGGGGGGAUAUCACCGAUGGACAAGAUGAACCACAUAUUCUGGAGGUGGGUAAAAUUAGCAUGCCUGCGUCACAGUUUCGUUCUUUGAGGGACAAAAUCAGUGGAUUGCCUGAUGCGAAUGGAAAUACGCGUACGGGCACCGAUGACGGUAACAAUGGCCUAAGGACCUUACUAGAGAGGCAUGCUGUAGUCAAGGAUAAAACUUUGACGACCAAAGUGGAGCAACACUAUGCUAACACGUCAAGAUACUCGUACAUUGUCGAGGAAAGUGAAUUAGACCGGCUAAGUUUCCAAGAUAUGUCCAUGCAAAACGCGUUACCCUCGUCAAACUCAAGUAGGAACAUUUCAGGUAGGACAACAAACACAGCUGCUUAUUCACUGGGUCAGCCCAACAGGAAAACUCGAAAUGGUGCCAAUGGAGGUGUCAACAUAGAUCAUUUUAGAGUGCCCAGUAGUAACAUCUAUGGUACUCGAGAUUUGAACGAUAAAAAUCGAGGCGGUUUGGAUGCGGAAUCCAAAGCUGCAAUUGAGUUGCAACUCGUUAUGGGACGGGAUAUCUAUUUUCCGACUAAGGUAAAUAAGAGCUCUGGAGAUGUGCCGCGUCAUUAUUACCACAGUCUAGUGGACGGCACUGCCUCGCGGGGGAGAAGCAGCUCCACAAUCAACAGAAUUGGAAGUAAUGGGAGUGGGACGAGUAAGGACACACAGUUUUCUAACUACCCACAAUUAUCUCAACCUAAUACCCAGUCAUCGUGUGACACUGAAACGAACUCUCCUGUAUCUUCAACUUCAACUGAUAAGCAACACAUCUCAUCAACACCAAGUCGACCCCGUUCCACGUCUAACCUGACGUCGAAGUUCUAUUCCGAAUUCACGCAGCCAUCGAGCCCAGUUGUCAAGGAACACAAAAAAAAGAGUUCACUGUCAUCCUUGAAGAAUUUGUUUAAAACACCAAAGGGUAGAAAAUCACCAACAGAAAACAAGAGUUCACAGAAUAGUACCCACUCCACAAUUAAAGGUAGUUCUCGUGAUAACUUAAACGACACAGCAUAUUCCUCCUCCGUGAACGAUUCCCCAUCUCCUCUUCAGUCAAAGAAUAUUUCCCAAUACAUAUUCCCACCGAACCCUUUGGUACACACCAAACCCAUGUCAAGCUUGCUGCGAUAUUCGAACCCAACAGAACCUCCAGCGAAAUCCAUUGCUCAAUUGGCAGACCAUUCUCCCUUAAAUGGGAGGGAACGUCCCCCAUUCAGACAGCACAAGUCCUUCUCUCAUAUUCCACAGAGCGACACGCUCGUGAUAAGCCAGGUUCCAAGUCAUAAACGGACAAAGUCCAGCCUAAUCUUUCCUCCAAGACCGUCAGAAACUGGGCUCGGUCCGGACCUUGUCCAGCAUCAAGUAAUGGAUGAACCCAGUCCCGCACUGGUUAGAGAUGAAACAAGUGCUAGUCUGAAUCACAGAUUAGUUCUCUCGGCUAUUGAUAUGCGCAAAGAAGGUAAAUUGGAGGCGUCAGCUGAAAAGUUGAGUAAGGCAUGUCAAAAGGGUAAUAAAACUGCUUUUUUGUUAUAUGGCCUCGCUCUAAGGAAUGGUUACGGCGUAGCUAAGGAUAUGGAGAAGUCGUUCCUCUACAUUUCACAGGCUACAGGUAUUCAAUCUCUCGAAGUAGAGAUUUUUAAAGCUGAAGUAAAUCCGUUUGAACUGGAAAGAGAUCAAAGUAAAAUACCCGAAAAAAUCGAAGAACCUUUAGUGCCGGCACUAUAUGAAUGCGGUAUAUCGUAUUUGAAGGGAUUUGGGGUCCACAAAAUUGACGAGUGGAAGGGACUGAAGUUUCUUGAGAAGGCUGCAUCGUUGGGGCACGUUGAUUCCAUGUGUUUGAGUGGGAUUAUUUGGUCUCAAAAUAGCUCCGAUGAACACCGAAGGAAAAAGGACAUUGUGAAAGCCGCUUCCUGGUUCAGACUAGCGGCAAAGGGUGGUGCUGAUUUGAUCGGAUCAGACUGGCUAUAUAAGAAAAAAUAUUUGAAGCUUGCCGAAAAGAGGUGA